AUGGUUUCAGAUACUUCAAACAAUGAUGGUUUGAAUAUAAAGGUAGAAGAUGAUAAGACUAUUCUAACUUCAGAAAAUUCCAACCAUCUGCUUUUGGGAAGCCAAAUUUUAGAAAAAAGUAAUUCCAAUUUAGCAGAGUCUUCUAUUUGCAAAAUUUUUUCUGAUGAAGCUGAUAGAAAGAUUAUAUUAGAAAGUGAUAUGCCUUUGAUAAUGCUCUGUGGACUAGGAAGUAGUGGAAAGACUUCAAUAAUUAAAGUAUUGUAUGAUAGAGUAUCUCCUCAUGAGACGGUUUCUUCAAUUCCAACACGAUCUGGAAGUAUUACGAUGAUUAAGAAUGAAUCAAAACUUCUUCCUUGCUUUGGAAUCAUUGAUUUACCUGGGACUGGUCAAAUCCAAGAUUCCCUAUUAGGGGAAGAUAUUCUCAGCAAAGUUUCAUCUCUGGUUUUUGUUAUAGAUUCUCAGAAUUAUCCUUACAACACAGAAAUUUUAAGGGCUAAGAGGCUUUUUCAAAAUGCUAUUCAAGUCAAACCUGAAAUAGUCUUUGAGGUCUUUCUUCACAAAACUGAUAACGAGACUUUUUCACUUGAUGGAGCUCAUUUAGAAUCUCAAAGGGAUAUCCACGAAAAAAUCUCAAGCUUUAUCUUUCAACAUGGGUUUGAAAUUGAUAUUAGAUACCACUUUACCUCCAUCUAUAAUGAUUCUCUUUUAGAAGCUUUUAGCAAAGUCACACAAAAGAUUUCACCAUUUACUCAAAUACUUGAGAGACUCCUAGAUGUUCUGGUUAUUUCCUCUUCUCUGGAAAAGGCUUUUCUUAUGGAUAUCUACUCCAGAACUUUUAUUGCCAGCGACUCCUCUCUUUUUGACCCUAUUGGUUUUGAACUUUGUGCCGAUAUCCUCAAUGUUAUCUCUGAAAUCAGUGAAAUAUAUGCGCCAAAUUGUUCUUUGUCAAAAAAUUCCUCUGGUAUUUCAUGUUCUAUUAACCUUGACUCUGGGCAUCUUCUUCAUGUCAAAUCAAUUGAUCAUAAUAUUGUCCUUGCAUGUGUUAUUAGAAAUGAACAUGUUAAAAAUGCAUCGCUUGUUCUGCAUAUGCAGUCUAAUCUAGAGGCUUUAAAGGAUACUUCGGCUUUUGUUACGAACCAAUUUGACAUCUGGGAGCUUAACCAAGCCUCCAUUUCUCCAGCCUCUCCCAGUUCACCAAAUUCACCAGCCUCUACAUAUUCAUUAAAUCCACCCACUACAAUUUGCGACUCUUCGGAGCCCAAGUUCGAGCCAAAAUGUUCCUCCUGCGAAAUCUACUUUAGAAGAAUGAAUGGACUCGAGAAUGAACUGCAAAUACUUACUAAUAACAUUUAUUCUCUUUUCAAAACUGCUAAAGAAGAAAUACAAAGAAAAGACAAAUUAAUCCAAGAAAAAGAUGAAAUUAUAAAGCAACUUAAAAGAGAGAAAUCGACCAAACAAUACAGCAAAUAA